CCACGGGCGUUACGCUUAUUCACUCUCGAGUCAGACGCUCGGAGCACGAGUUUCAGCAGCUCCACAUCCACUCUGCUACAGAAACUGUCUCGCGUGGUCGCAGCGCGUUUAUCCGCGGUUACUUUUCCGUGACACCCGGACAGCGACGUGAAUUUUCUUCUGUGUGUGAACGGCGGUCGUGUCUUCCUCUUACCUGCCCGGUGUGUUUGAAAAGAUCACCUGAGUUGCACGAGGACGGCAUUUUCAUGAAAGUGUGCCCAGAUAAAGACAGUGAAUGCAGCUACACUCCAUUUAGAAGGAAGGCGUAUCACUGGGAGAAGCUCUGUCUGAAGAGGACUGGCUCAACAAUAGGCGUUCACGCCUCAGCUAAAAUUUCCACCAAAACCAGCGUGAAACGCACCAUGUCUCUCAGCACUUUCCAGCUCGUGCAGACCCUUAAGAACUCACCGGCUGCAUUCCGUCGCCGAUUUCGCCGUGACCGCACGGAGUCUCUGUCCCAUGGCGACCCUCUCUUCAAAGUCCACUACCUGGGCACGGAGAAAAUAUUCUCCCUGGACAGAGAACAGGCCCAGGACGCUAUUAGCCACAUGCUGGACGGUAUUGCUAAUGGGAAGAAGCUGAGCAAAGACCACGCCCUGGUGGUGCGUCCGCGAUACGUCGAGGUCAAAGAGCUGAGCACGGGGCGGCAGCUCACAAAGACUUACCUUCAGGACAUUGCGUACUGCGCCGCGGAUCCCAACCGGCCCAACGUCUUCCUGUACAUCUGCAAGCAUCACGGGAAGCAGCUGCAGUGUCGGGUGUUCUGGUGCAGCCGGGCGGAGCGGGCGCGGGACAUGAAGGCGUGUUUGGCUCAUUCCUUCCAGCGGGCGCUGAAUGACUGGCAGCAGGAUGACUCGGCCACGCUGCCACCUGGCGAGGCAAAGGGGAAACGUGUGGAGGAGUCGUCCAACUCUCCUAUCAACACCAAGAGCUCAACCCUGCCCGCAAGUCUGGGAAAAGUCAGCUGGAAGAAGAGAGGCUCCAUGUCUCACAGCCCCGUGAGGACCAUCACCAGACGAGGAUCUACGUCUGACAGCUGGAACUGAACGUCCGUCUUUAACUCGGCAAACAUGAGACCACAUUAAUCUAAUAACAACCUCAAAGGUGACAGCACUGACGGAAGGGGAAAGCCAUUUCAAGACUGAAAGAGGGACAAAGGGGAAUCAAAUGGGUGGUGGGAAAGUCCGUAUUGGGACGUGUACCCUUACUGUAUGAAACCAGUGAGGAGAUGUUGCUAUAAUCAGCGAGUGUGAGGACUUGAAGGUUUGUGACGCAGCAAAGUGGACUUGCAUGCGAGUGUGGCGUCCAGUGUAGCACAAGAUGCUGUUGACGGCUUCCUUUUGUUUACAUGUCAACAGUAAUCUGAGGACUUGAGUGGCUGCGAGGCAUUUGAGGACCAGACUGAUUUAAGUCGUUUAUGUAUGGUUGGCUUGUUUGUCUUUUUAAGAAGUCCAUACUUGAUGCUGAAGCCACUGAAGGUGUUUGUUCUGUUGGAAAGAGAACGUUGAACCAUUCAUGGUGCUGGCUGUCGGCCAAAUGAACCACAGGCCAAACUGGAAAAAGACGACAAGGAGGGUCCUGAUGUUUCUGAAGUUAUUUUUUUAAUUUAAUUUAUGUUUGUGGCAGAUUAUGACUUUUAAACUUUCUUAUAUAUUUCUUCUUAUUUGGGUGGACCUGAUUACAUUGUGUUGAGGCCAAGCUACAGAUAAGAAAUGCUGGCAUGUCCUUUGCAAAUCUGAUGCACACAAGUAGUUACUUUCUAAGCACUUUCCAUAUUUCUAGCUGUAGAAUUUAACACCUGAACACAUCAGUUCUAUUCCAACUCAUGAAAAUCACAGGUGCUUUGCAUUUUCAGAGGCCAUUUUUGUGUAUGUGAUGUACGACAGGCUCAGCUCCUGUAAUUAUAAACAAUAGACCUUUACUAAACUUGCUGACAUAACAAAUUCCUCCCCACCUGCAUUUCUGCAACAUCCUGCAAAAGCAGAUCAUGGCUGUCCUGCAGAGAUACAUUAUUUACAUUCAUGAGGGGGACAAAACACUCUGCUUUGAGUUGCGAGUUUGUAUCCGAAACACUGGAAACACUGUGUUCCCAUGUGGAGCCUCCGUGAGGAAUGCGUCACCGUGCACCUGCAUUCCAAUCGAGGGAAAUCUGACCUGGGGAAUCUUCUUAAAGGAGCCCCAAAUUCCUCUCCAUGUCCAUCCAUGACUUUGCAUUUGGGGCAGCCUCAUUAGCCGAUGCUACAAUGUGCUUUCAGCUCUUGACUUGUUCCCAUUACCAAAGCCAUAAAAGGUGCUCUCACUAGCUUUAAGUCCAUUUAAAGUGACGUGUGGAGUUACUGAUCUGUGCUGUACUGCAUAACGUGUGUGCAUGAUGGCGAUUUAUGUCUCCAGUUUACAAAUGAGAGACCUGAGAACGGGUGGCCAAGGCUACCGUCCUCCUAUUUUAUGUUUUCUAAACCAAAACUAAGCUGCAAGUGUUGCCAUUUUUUAACUGAUGUGCCUCUUGGGUUUUCUUCGGUUCAUUUUACUACUUUGCAUUCUUGCUGCAUCUUUUUUUUUUUUUUUGGCACAACUUCCUCUCAGAAGCAAACGUUUUAAGUGCCUGAUUAAGAUGUAUUUUAUCAGUGUACUGUUUCGUCAUUGUACAUAUUGAAUUAAGUAUGUAUUUUAUGAAUAUUAAAACUUUUUAUACAAGGUU